AAAGAACAGGCGGCAGAAGCACGUGGGGAAAAGCGAGACAGCCGAGACGAUCAUGAAAUUGAGUGUCACACGGGAAAGGGACGUGGUCGGGUGAAGGAGGUUUUUGCAGAGAGGGGAGAGGCUCUUACAACAGAUUUAUAUGUACGUUCGACAAGCUCGCGCUAGCCAUUGCGAACCGUGUUCGCCAAUGCGAUAGUGUUCUCGUCUAUCGUUCGAUACCGGUAUCUCGGUUAGUCGAGGGGAAAAAAGACCACCGGCCAUUCUAUUUUUACUUUCGAUAGAAUUUGUCCAAGCUGUUGAACGAGCUGGGUUGUGGUCAAAGUUUACUCCUCAGGCUGCGUUACUCUUUUUAUCAUCGCACCUGCCGACGUAUCGUCGCGAUCGUGAAUAGAAGACGUCGUGAUCCAAGUUGGUUUCGUACCGAUAAAGCGAUAAGAGAAGACGGAUAGGAGAAAACGAUCGACGAUUCGAGAAGACGCCGAUGUUCGAUCCAAGCCGGAAAAAAUACCGGGUGCGAACGAGAGACAGUUUCGCAGCGGGUUCAAGGCUAAAGCCCUGAGAAGGUUUGCAGUCGGCAAGCUGGAGUCACUGAACGUGGACAAGCUGGGUGUCGAGAGCGUGUACUCGCCUGGAUGAAGUUGCGCCAGAUGACUGGAUGAUUAGAAGAAACGUGGACGAGCGAGUAUCACGAUAGAUAGGUAGCUCGAAAGAGAGGAAAAGAGGUUUUCAAAGCGCAGAGAGAUUGGACGUCUCUGUAUCGGAUUCGCUUACUGCAGGCUUUAACUGUCACCUGAUCUAUCGCGGCUGAACGAAAUUCGACAGAAUGAAAGGAUAAUGCAACUACUGGCCGGAAGAUAACGCAACCGUAUGUGUGACGGUUAAAAAUAUUUAACGAAAAAACCUACACACAACUGAUGCAGCCGAUAUUUAUAUUGAAGAGGAAAAUGUAGUAGUAUUGGUAAAUAAGAACCUUGACGAACGAAUACAUAACGUUCAUUAAUAUGUCAUGUAUUUUUCCUUGGUUUUCCACUUAUAAAUAAUGCAGUAUUUGUGCAAUACACGUAGAUAAAUUCCAAUGGUUUUAUCAUUCAUUUGGAGAUAACUUAACUUACGUAUUAGCCCAGAUUAACAAAAUUGAAAGCAUUCACUGAAAUAGAUUAUUAUUAGUAGACCCUAAUUAGUGCUUUUAUUUCUCAUAGACUUAUGUAAAUCAUACUUGUCCUUUCGACAUUUUCCUUCUGUUCUAUUCAUUUCGUUCUCUAUCAACGCUAAUAGCACUUUUCGCAAUGUCUAUGAAAUUUCAGGGACGUCUCUGACCCGCUGAAGUAUAUGUUUAUCAAACAGCAAAUAACUGAAAUACUCGUGGCAGAUAACGAAUGCUAUGUAAGAAAAAAACCGUGAUUCUAAUGAUUUACAUAAGUCUGUGAAUCGAAUGGAAUGUUUCCUUCUUCUUUCUUUUUUUUUUUUAUCACGACAUACCAAACGUACAUAUGUACAUCGCGAUCGUACCGUACAUCGAAAGUUCAAGAUAAGAAGAGGGACAAGAAAUAGAAGCUGAGUUUUCCGACAGAUUUUCCGGGGAACGUGGCGAUACUUAAAUUUUGAAAAGUCGUCCGAGCAACAAGAUGUUCUCGUAUAUACUCCAGAUUGUAGACGAUAAGUAAACGUUGAUUCGCUUAUCCGAAAUCGAUCGGACGACGCUCGAAGGAGCUCCCGUGGACCAUUUCGCCGAAGAAAAACGUUUACAAAAAGUUUCAAACGCUUUGGAAAUUUCCAGGAUGCCCCGACAGGCACUCCCUUGAAUCUUGAAGUCUGAGGAAAGGAGAACGGGGGAAAGGAAUAUUUCCUGGGAAAUUCCGUGCGGACGACUCGGAGGAAUAAUUUCGUGGUAUAUCGGUGAACGUCCGGCCGGGAACAAUCUUGUUUGUCCAUAUCGAAGACGAAUUGAAAUUGAUAGAAAGGAAAGGAACGAAGGGGGCGGGGGGGCUAUCUUCAAGGAUUAGGUCCGUUCGGCUCGUAUAGCUAUAACGCAAAGGAAAAUAUUGGCGGCGAGGUAGCCUGUAUACGUCAACAAAAGCGGCAGUAGACUGCCGAUCGACUUUCAGAGCUGUUUCCGUGUAAGCUUCGCGAAGGCCCCUUUGGGACACGGAGUGCACUCGAACGUCGAUCUCUCUUUCGAUUUAUUCUAUCUCGAAAUGUGUAUAGUAUAGUAUACAUACGCCCACGUUCGCCUAGCUUCUGCCUCUGCUUGCGAGUACCGUUCACUCUCUCGCGAACUGCUUCUCGGAAAAAGAAUUUCCCGAAUUUCGCCGAACACCAAGUAUUAACGUAACGUUAUUGCGGGAAAUCGGUUUCCAUUCGAUUUUUCGCUUAGUCUUGCUGACAAUAAAAUCCGCCGACUUUGCUCUGAGAACACUGGCUUCAUUUAACAGCUACAAUUUCGUAAACAAUAAUCUUUGCUCCAGGUUCAAACUUUAUAAUUGCUUUCAUUAUAUAUGCGCUUACGGAUUGUGAUUCACUUCCGUAGGUAACAGAUAUUUCUUCGAAUUUGCGAAAUAAUGAGGCGUUAAAAAUAGUUGAUUGAAGUGCGCAGAGAAAAACCAAAGAAUUGGCGAAAGAAGAAAUCGAAGAGAGUGGAGGAAAAUUUGAACGAGAAUGGCUCUUAACGAUAGAACAUACGCUUUUUUGUGGAACAAUUAAUUGUACUAACUAAUUGUAUUUAUAUUUACUAUCUAGAAAGAAAGGAAAGCAAUAUGGCUGGCUAUAAUAUUAGACAAUUUUAUAGCCGGGAAGGCGAAUAACGAAAAAAAUAAAUGGUCCAUUAUCUUCGAAUAGCUCCAUAAUUCGUGCAGAAAAAAGAUGAUGCCAGUCUACCGAGAACAUUACGAAAACGAACAGCGCGGGAAAAAAGCGUAAUACGAUGAAGUGAAAAAAACCAUGGCAUAAUGAAACAUUGCGUAUCAAAACGAUAACUAUCACGUUGUGGAACUCGUUAAUGACGUCGCGUUGCCCGCAAUUUACAUGCAAAUAUCUCGAUACGAGGCUGAGAAGCCUCUUUUACUCAUUUACUUGAAUAAUUUCGCGAAAAAUUUGCAUCAGACUACUUUCGAAACUUUCGAAAGAUAUUGUCAGAUUCGAAUAAGUUCCACAAUUUUCGUUUCAAACAAAAAAAAAGAGAAAAGAAAAAAUAUUUGUUUCCACACAUAUAUACACACACGCGUAUUCUAAUGGAAAUUUUACGUCUACGAGAGAUUUCCGUUACCGUCGAGGCCAUGUUUCAUCAAGUCUCUAUUUCAAACUCAUCUUUCACGCCAUGUUUAGUCGCAUGACACAAACAGAGAACGUAUGCUACCCAGAAAUUUCUAUCUAUGUUUGCACGGAACGAUUCGAGAGUGUGACAGGCUCGAUCGAUUUUUCACUUGACUCGCCGUGAAAUAUUUGGCGAUGUCAAGUUUUGCUAACCAAACGACGUGCUCGUCCAAACUUGGACGAAGUGUUAAAGAUUCCCAGAACGGGAAGUCUUAUCGCCUUUGACGCCUCGUGGCGUGUUCCGUCGAGGUCGUCGUGCUUUGAGGUUAAGUUCGAUACUCUCUGUGUCUUUCCACAAGAGCUUUUGUUCUCGUGUCAGUAUGAAACGGCCGCAUUAACAUGGUUGUUUAUUUUUCUAAAUUGUCAAGUUAAUGGUCGAAAAUAUGCGGAACAUUAGCACGUUCUGGCUGUCGUGAGUGACGACUAGAGGAUUGGCAUGGAGUUUUCGAUUGUAUCAAUGGCAUGCACCCGACAAAGUGCCCUGCACUUUCUAUGACUUCUUUGCUUUUUCCGCGUAUUAAGCGGUCAAAGCCUUCAGAAGUUAAAUGACUCUUUUCUCGACUGGAGAUGUGCAGUAAAAUCUAGUCAGUCUAGUUAGAGUAAUGGUUAAAGUUGAUGAAUUAGAACACUCAAUAUUUACUAAUCAAAUUGUUGCUUCACUGCCUAUAUAAUUGUAUUGCAAUCAGUACAGGAAAAACUCGGAAAACUCAAAUAUAUCAGCAACAGUAACAAUAGAAGUGCAACACCCAGAUUUAAUUUCUGUCACUCCAUCCACUUUCAUUAUUACUGGAAGUGAUAUAAAGAAUAUAUCUGUAAAAGGUCUUAGUGCAGGACAUUCGAUUGUUAAUCUUAAUGUCACACCCAGCUAUAUUACGAAUUUUUCACAAGCGUUCGUCAGAGUGACAGUUGAAAAAUCAGAUGUACUUUAUCACAUAAGUACUGUAGUAGGUUGGAUAUACUUUCUAGCAUGGAGUGUAAGCUUCUAUCCACAAAUAUACAGUAAUUACAAACGUAAAAGUGUUGUGGGAUUAAAUUUUGAUUAUUUAUCAUUAAACGUGGUUGGUUUUAUUAUGUAUGCACUUUUCAACUGUGGCCUAUAUUGGAUACCAGAAGUUGAGCUCGAGUAUUUCAGGAGAUAUCCAAAAGGUUUAAAUCCUGUACAAGUGAAUGAUAUUUUUUUCGCUUUGCACGCAACAUUUGCAACUGUGAUAACUAUUAUUCAAUGUUUUGUGUAUGAGAGAGGAAAUCAAAGGGUAUCCAUCACAGCACGUAUUAUUCACGGGAUAUUUGCAUUAUUUAUUUUUAUUUCUAUGAUAUUAGCUAUAGUAGCAGUAAUAAUGUGGCUUGAUUUUCUAUAUUAUUGUAGUUAUGUUAAAUUGAGCAUAACGUUAAUCAAAUACGUUCCACAAGCAUUUUAUAACUAUAAAAGAAAAUCCACUGUUGGUUGGAGUAUUGGCAAUAUAUUUUUAGAUUUUACAGGUGAUGAUUGGGAAAGUAUUUUUGGAGAUCCCACAAAAUUCGGUUUGGGAUUUUUUUCAGUUGCAUUUGAUAUAUUUUUCAUUAUACAACAUUAUGUUUUAUACAGGGAUCGCAAAGAAUAUAUUGAAAUACCUGGUAACAAUUACGGAGAAUCGCAAGAAAAUGCAUCGACUAUUGCUUGACUUUAUGUUAUUACUAUCAAUCAGUUGCCUGUUUAUCUCUAUUAUAAUAAAAAAUAAUCUAUCUAUGAUUCAAAACGCAAAGUGGCGCCAACAUGGCUACCACACUCGAUAUUAUACAUUAUUUCAAAUUUUAUUCAUACCAACUAAUAUACGAUGUGUCCAUCCAUGAGAACUGCGAAGCCAUGUAACCACACGACAUGUUAUAAUACAUUUACGUAAAUUCAUUCGCGAAACGAAAUAAUCCACUUACUUUUACGUACGAAUACGUAUCUAACGCGCACCGAUUAUGAAGAUGUAACGGAAACUGUUAAAACUUUAGUUCGAAAAAGUAUCGAUAUUUCGAUUCGAUUCAAUACUACGCAGCCAUCUAGUGGCCGGACUAUACACUAUUCAUAUAGCAGAACGUGUUACAGUUAAACUUAGUAGUAUUGUUUACUUAAAAAAGAGAAUGAAUAUAUCCCCUGUUUUGCGACCAACGCAGUCUACGCUGUCCUUAUGUAGAAAACUAAAUUGUUGGACAGCAGCAAUAACAAAGACGCAUAGAAAAUUAUGUUUAAAUACCUUUCCUGUGCGUCUCGUUUUACCAGAUGGGAGUAGUAUUAAUAUCAACUACCACGAACCAAGAAGGAUAAUUACUCUUCCCCUUAAUAUAGAUGAACUUCCUGAGGAAGAGAAACAACUUAGAUUGGGGAAACGUAAAAUGAUAACUAAAGCAAAAGUAACGGAAGAAUACCAAGAUGACUUUGAUGAAACUCAGUUUUUUAAGUAACUUAUUUAAUUGUAUUAUUUUGUAAAUAUUACAUAUUACAUGGACUUCACGUUAUACCUCUACAUACAAAACAUCUUUUUCUAGUUAUAAAUAGAUCUAUCAUAUACUAUAGAUAUAUAUCAUGUACAUAUUAAAUAUAAUAUAAUAAAAUAUAUUUAG